AUGCACCGUUUGGAUCGUGACUCCAGUGAGCUUGCACAGGGCGUGUACACGCCCUUCCAGCAGCAGUUGCUGCGCGCGGAGAAGCUCACGGAUGGCCGGGGCCGGGGCCUCGCGUCCGGGCGAUCCGUGCAGGCGCGGAGCACCAUUUGCGCGGCCCAGCCGCCUUUGUCGCUGCUCCAGUACAGCGACUCACGGAGUCUUUGCGAGGUUUGUUGCGUUUGCCGGCGCUUCUGCGGCAGCGCUGGCUCGGCCUUGUCAAAGGUGCUCCAGGCUGCAGACAUGGGCUCACUGCAGGACUACCUGCCCGACCCCCAGCUUGCCGCCGAGCUGGACGCUCCCCCAUGGCGCGUCCGAGACCGCGUGAGCUGCGAGCACUGCGACGUGGUCUUCUGCAGCGAGGAGUGCGCUGAGCGCGGGAGAACCGAGGGCUGGCACCGGGUGCUGUGUACGGACCUUUCCCCUCAGCAGCGGCAAGUUUGGAAGUGCUUCAAGCAGUACUCGGCCAAGUACCACGAGCAGUUCACCGCAGCUGCCCAGGUGAUCGCGGAGGUCAUCUCGCUGGUGAAGUAUAGCGACGUGGAGCUUUGGGAGGCCAUGGCCUACUUCAGCCGCUUCAUGAAGAUGUCUUGGCUGAACAUGCAGAAUUUGCCUUCACUGUCCAUGUGCCAGGCGGGCCCGGUGCGUGGAAAGCUGGCUGCGAUCGCCCAGGGACGCAAGCAGCAACGCCAGCAGGUGAUGUUGGCAUCGCUGGAGCUCCUGGUGGCGAUUUUGUGGGAGGAGCGCUGGUCCGAGCUGCUAUCGCUGGACUACUACUCCAACCUGGUGGGCCAAUUCUGCCUGUCCAACGUUUGGGUGCAGAUCGAGCACCCGUUGAACGAGCGCUUCCAAGAGAUCUGCGAGAACGAGGAGUUCAGCCAGAAGUAUGGGGGAUUGCUGCGAGCGUGUCAGGAGGCGCUUCAGAAGGUGAAGGCGGCUUCCUCGGACGACGAUGGGGCAGACCAGCCGGAGAAUCCGGAGACCACUGCGGUACACAAAGAAGCUGCAAGUGAGCCCUUCGCACUGCCCAGGUUUGAAGGCAGCGCCCUGUACCCGUGCGUGGCGCUUUCGAACCAUUCCUGCAUGCCCAACUUCACCAUGCGCUACCACGACGGAUGCCUGGCGGAUAUGGUAGCCCUCCGCGACAUCAAGGAGGGAGAAGAGCUGAACCUAGCCUACGUGUCGCCCUCCACACCGCUGCCAGAGCGCGUGGCCAGUCUCUGGAAGAGCUGGGGCUUCGUGUGCACCUGCCGCAGGUGCCAGGAUGAGGUGAUGAUGCGCGCGGUGCAGGCCCGCGAAGAACGCGCCGACGGCUACCCGCCGGAGCUGGGGGUGCAGCUGUCGGCGGCGGGGAUUGCGGCGGCCAUGGAGUUGGUGCGAGGGAAACAUGCGGAAGAGGAGGAAGACGAUGAUGAGGAAACCGAAAAUGGAAGUUCGGAUGAGGAGAGCAGCGAGGAGGAUGCCGGUGUGAGCAACGCCCGCAACUCCCCCUUCAGCGGCCCCUUCGGCAAGACGGCGCUGCCGGACAGCGUCAAAGGCAUCGAAGCGGCCAUGCGCGACAUGAUGGCGGACAUGGCAGACGAGAUAGAUGGGUAG